AUGGCACCACGAGGUCCCAAUUUUACAACAGAAGAAGAUACAAUGAUAUGUAGAAUCCAUUUAGCCAUAUCUCAAGAUUCUGCUACCGGAACCGAUCAACCAGAAAAAGUAUUAUGGAGUCGGAUCAAAGAUAAGUUGGAAGAAGCCCUGCCUUGUAAACCAAAACGUACUUGGACUUCUAUCCAGAGUCGAUUUCAGGGAAUAAGUAGACAGGUUUCACUUUAUUCUGCAAAAGUGUUGGAAGUUGAUGGUGAAUAUCAUAGCGGAUGGAAUGAAGUCUUGAGGGUUGAAGAGAUAAGAAAGCGAUUCAAAGAAAGUAAUGGUAACAAAAAAUUUAAGCACGAAGAGUGCUACGAAAUUCUAAAAGAUAGUAUCAAAUAUUCAGGACGGUCGACGUUUGUGUUUGAUUCAGGCCAAGAAAUGGAAGAUUCUCAGAGUGGUGAGGAAAACGCUGAUAUUGAGGAAACAAUUCCAGGCGAGUCCAGUGAUGAUCUAGAUAUUGGAGAUAUAGAGAACUCGUUUCUCCGCACCCAAUCAAAUGGUCGUCACAUGAGAUUUAGUAACACCGAUAUUGAGAUUUCAGAUAAGGUAACAAAGGGUCAGUUCUUGUUGUCUUAUCUUCUUCUUGUUUUAAUGUGGAUGGAUAAUCAUGGAGUUGGUUUAGUUUAUAAUUGA